UCUCUCCUCCGUUGCAAUUUCAAACCAAACGAAACGGUCCUCUUUUCUUUCUCUUUUUACCUUCCCCCUCCCUUUCUCUCUCCUUAGAAAGAUUGAACAAAAAGAACCAAUGAUUAAUAUGGAGGAGCCAUUGGAAACCAAGAGAAAGCGACCCCCCAAAAGGCCUUCGGGUCUUGAAACUGCUACCAACAAGGUAAUUUCUGAUAAAUUCAAGAAGUCGACAAGUGAAUCAAAAGGGGCUAUGAUCCUUACCCGUCAUGAUUGUAUCCAAAACAAGUCCUCCGUUAUGGAGCGAGCUCAAGUGGUUCAAGCAAACCUAGCAGCCGAAUUCCCUAGCUUUCUGAAAUCUAUGCUUCCAUCGCAUGUUGCCGGUGGAUUUUGGCUUAGUUUUCCCAAGUCGUUCUGCGAUAAGCAUUUGCCAAGGCAAGAUGACACUGUUACUUUGGUUGAUGAAAGUGAAGAACAUUACAAAGCAAAGUAUCUUGUGGGUAAGAAUGGACUGAGUGGCGGGUGGAGAGGGUUCUCUAUCGCACACAAAUUGCUCGAGGGAGAUGUUUUAGUCUUCCAAUUGGUUCAACCCUGCAAGUUCAAGGUGUACAUUGUGAGAGCAAGUGGUUUAACUGAAAUAGAUGGCGCUAUCGGGCUUUUAACUCUAGAUGCUGGCGUAAAACCAAUGGAUAUCGAUCUAACUGAAGAGGAUAUGAAGGAAGGAGAGAAAUGCUCGCCUCUUUCACUAGACAUUCAUCAAUACAACACUGUCCAGGAGAAUGGUAUAGUGGCUUUAAGCACUGACAUUGGGCUUGGCACAGAACCUGAAUUUGGCUCAGGAAAUGAGAGUGAUGAAUUUAGCUCUGAAGUGUUGGAAGGCAUCAAAUUUUCGGAAUCUUGUGUUGAUUUCAAAGACAUUAAGAGUAUUGACAAUUUCACCGUUCUUGUGGAUGGUUUAGUCAUCGACUCUAUGAUACCUCCAUACCUUCGGACCAAGUACUACGAGCUUUGCUGCAGUCAAAAAGCAUUUCUUCACAAUCAUCUGCUCUCGGGCCUUAACUGUAAAUUAGCUGCCGGCAUGAUUUCUGAAACAGUUAACAUUGCAGAUGCCAUUAAAGCUUCUAAACUUACAACAACCCGAGAUAAUUUCACAACCUGGGACAAGACCCUGAAAGCCUUUGAGGAAUUGGGUAUGAAUGUUGGAUUCCUUCGUGCUCGGAUAGACCGGCUUGUGAGCCUUGCAUUUGACAAAGAGAAGGUUUUGGAAUCUAAAAGGCUUGAAAGAGUUAAAGCAGAGGAAGAGAUGAGAAGUCUUGAGGACAAGCUUUUGAAAGUGAAAGAGGUUAUGAAAAGUCUAGAUGAGGAGACUGAGGGCUUGAAGGGGAAUAGAAAGACAGUUGAGGGUGUGUUUCAGGAAGAAGUUAAUGCACCGUGGUGAAUGAAACUCUGUACAUUUUUUGGUACACUGUAGUACAGGUUUUUUGUAUGGAGUUACAUGUAUAUUAAAGUCAUCGACAUGUUAGUCAUUAUUCUUCAGAGAAACAACUUGUAACUCAAUGCUGUUUGUCAGUUUUUGAAUUCCAGAAAUCAAAGCAAGUUCUCUCUC